AUGGUCAAGCAUUCUGAUCUCAUUGGGAAAGCAGCUCCAUCUCUUCAGCUGCCCAGCAUCCCUGAUGGAAGCUCAUACAAGCUUCCGCUAGGUCAAAAGCCCAUAGCUCUUUUCUUCUUUCCUGCAGCCGGCACUAUGGGAUGUACUAUGGAAGCCUGCUCCCUGCGAGACGCCCGGGUAAACAAUAUAGUGUUUCAGAGGCAUCCAGAGUUGGAAGUCGUGGGCGUGAGCGGGGAUCCGACUGACAAGCAGACAAAAUUUGCAGACGAGCACGGCUUAUCAUACCCAAUCCUCAGCGACAUUGAUGGGCAAGCACGAAAGUUGUAUGGUGUGGGUAGCCAGUUCUUUGGAAUGACCCCCGGGCGAGAGACAUUCUUCAUUGACGAAAAGGGUAUCGUGCGUGGUGUGUGCGACAGCUCUAUCAACGUUUUUGAGCAUACCAGGUUCAUACAGCAGCAGCUUGUUGCCAUUGAAAAAGAGAAGGAAAAGAUCUAA